AUGAAGCUCUCCACCACCGCCCUCCUCCUCGCCGUCCUCUCCGCCGCCAGCCCAGCCAGCAGCGCCUGGCACCGCCCCGCGUGGCUCCUCCCCAUCGGCUUCACCUGGCCGGGCUGCCGCUCCGACAUGGACUGCGGCGGCUGCGCCGGCGACACCGACUUCGAGGCCCGCCUCCGCACGGCCAGGGCGGACGGCUUCUCCGGGUGGAUGAGCUGCGCCACCUGCGAGGCGGUUCACGGGCGCAGGCCGCGCUGGCCGCGGAAGGUGUGCGUCCUCCGGAGCCGGACCGGCGCAGGGCUCGAGUUUACACUGGAGAGGCUCCUCCACGACAAGAAGAACAUGGAGAACAAGAAGCAAUGCUAG